UGUGCGGUGCUAACAGGUGUCUGAACGGAUCAAGCUUAAAGUCAGACGCUUUAAAAAAUAAUCUGAAAAAAAAAAAAAGAACCUGUACAGAAUGGAGUGAUUUGUGCAUUUCUGUAUGUGUCCAGUCUCGACACUGAUGUGUGCUGAUCUGUCGCGUGAGGACCUCCCGUUUCCCGUUUGCAGAGCACUGAACGCGUCUGAAGAUUACUAGACUGGAUACCGCUGCAUUUUCUCCGGGCUUCACUUCUGCAAACGCGUAGAAAACUGCAGGGAUUGAAGAACUGAGAAAGGAUUACUUUUUUUUUUUUAUCUGGAAUAUCCCACACAUUUUUUGGUUUCCACCCCAAACGCUGUAUGUUUUUCUGUGAAAUAAGCCUUGAGACGUCGUGUUAGGAGGAAAAUCCGAGUGGACUAUGGCAGUGUUGAGUUGUUUAAGGAUUUUACUCAUCUGGAAUUUGUUGGUCUGUGCAAAUGGAGGAACAUUCGUGAUACCCCCAAGUUCAACUGUGUAUACGUCAGCAGAAGAAAAUGUACUACUGCCCUGUAAGUUCUUGCCAGCAGAUGGGGAGGUGGUCAUUCAAGUUAUCUGGAACCAUGUUAAAACAGAUGGGACCGAAGUGCAGGUUAUAACUGCUCAUCGUCAGGAAGGACAGCAAGAAUCUCCUGCCUAUGCAGGCCGUGUGCGCUUUGAGGACAGCAACCCCAUGAUCAACUCGGCUCUGAUUAUGCUGAACGCAGUGCUGUCGGAUGAGGGAAGCUAUACCUGUACCAUUGCUACGUUCCCUAGUGGUACCCUAAAGAGUCAAGUGUCUCUUACUGUGUGGACUAAACCUAUCUCCACAUUGGACCCUGUUGUUCUAGUAGAGGGACAGGAAUUUCGACUGGCUGCAACGUGCCGUGCAAUGGCUAAGCCUCAGCCGGGUCUCUCAUGGGAUACAGAUCUGCCAGGUCAGAGCCAGAACCGCAGUCUGGACAAUGGCGUUGCUUCCAUCCAGUACUCUCUUCACCCUCUGAGGAGUAUGAACGGACGAAAACUGGACUGUCUGGUCUGGCAUCCGUCUUUAAAAAGUCCACGGAGGCUCACUAAUCAGCUCGUCGUGCAAUAUCCUCCAGAUGCAGUAAUCUCAGGUUAUAAUGGGAACUGGUAUUUGGGUCUGGAGGGGGCGAGACUACAGUGUGACGGUGGAGGAAACCCCAAACCACACAACUUCACCUGGACUAGAAAAGAUGACAGCUUACCAGAUGGCGUGACUGUGGAGAAGGAAACAUUGAAAUUCAACAGACCUCUCAGAUUAUCAGACAAAGGAGUGUAUGAGUGUAUAACCACUAAUACUGUGGCUUCUGGGAAAGCGGACCUGCUAAUAGAAGUUGCAGAGAAACCCACAAAGGGACCGUUCUACAUCAUCCUGAUGAUCAUCAUUGGAGGAGUUGCAGGAUUGUUGGUUCUUAUUUUGGUGAUUGUAGUAAUAACAGUAAACCGCUAUCACAAACAAAAAAACAGACAACUGGCUAUGGAGCUGAAUGAGAAAAAGGAAGAAAUUAGCACUCUAUCAAGACAGGCCUCGAUCAGAAGAGUUGCCUCAACAUCCAUAGAGAAAUACCAGAUGGAAGAGAACAUACCCUUAAGAGUUGAAGGAACAAUACGGACCAGUCUCAGUUCAUUGGAACGUCCCCGCUCUCGAGACAGCCAUUCCACUUUGGGAGGGCUAGACUCUCUGGGUCGACCCGCCAUUUAUAACGCAUCCAGACGAGGCAGGGAGCGACCAAUGGACAGAGAGAAGGAUGGGGAGAGAGUUCCAAAUCGACCCAAAAUGGACCCUUACUCCAGAAGCGAUAUGUCUAUGGUGCAUCCGGAAAGUCUCUUCCAUCCUCCUUUACAGCCUUCCCCUUUCUCGAUGGAGCAGACUGCUGAAAUUAUCAGAUCUCGGAACGGUAGCGCCAUCCUACCAGCAGAUGGCAGACCGCAAUCAGGAGGAGGCAGCAUAACUGGCAGCAGAGCAGGCAGCAGAGGGCAUCAUUCCCCCUUAAAUUCAAUCUACCCCACACAUUUAGAUAAUGAAGACAUGAGGCCAGUCGAUGAGGGAUCAGAGGUUUCCAGGGGCCAAAUCGAACCCGAUGGGAUGGAUAACGGAGGCAGCGAGACUGCAAGUUCACAAAUUUCCGAGGCAAUGUCCAAUCACUUCGAGCACACCAACGGUACCCUAUGGCCUAAGCAGAAACCCAACAACAUCUUACUAGCACCGGAGAUCAGUCGGUUCCCCCUUGCCCAUACAAACAUGAUUCACCACCCUCCUCAGAUAGUAUAGCUCUCAGACUUCAGCACUGCACACCAUCGAGACUGGCAUUGAUACGUUUUGGAUUCUGCAAGACCUUCGAGACGUAUUGAGACUGGAACUUUGGCAAGUGAAUUAUCUCACCUGAAUGUAAAAAAAUAAUAAUCAACAUAGGUGACAUACUCUUACUGACAUACUCUGCGAACGGUUACUGCAAGGUUAGCAAUUCAAGCUAGCAAUUUAUCCUCAUAAAAAAAGACUUGUUUUUUAUGGCAUACAUCAAUUCUGUGGUAUUAAGUAAAAGACUGAUGUUCCUUCAUGCAUGUUUCAAUUGCACACAUGCUUUUUUUUUAUAUAGAUGAGUAUUAAAAUGCAACACUUUCAAUGAGAGAGACUUGUCACUGUGAAAUGAUGGCGUGACAAAGAGAGUGAACAGUGUCUUCCUGUUCUUUCUGCCACACAGUUCAAACUGCUUCACAGAACAAACCUCAGGAUUAAACCUCUGUUUACCUGGGAACCUUUCUUCCUAAUAACCAUGAAUUACAAUGACUUUACCUGUGAGCUAUGUCUUCUUAUCACUGUAUAUAAAAGUUGCAGUAUAUGCAGACAUGAAGUAUUAUUAACAAUAUUUGUACAUGUUUUAUGUAAAUGGUUUUCCUGGUUGGACUGGGGCAUCACUUUAAGGCCUUAAAAGUGUGCUUUGAAUAACCAUAUUAUGACAUGUACAGGCUUAAGCACUUCCAAUCUAAGGAAUCACGGAGGGUUCCGCACUUCCACUCCUCACAUUUAUAAUGCAAUAUUAGCUAUAUCAUUUUACAUGUAUAGUAGUUGCUGGAUGAUAUGCCUUAGGGUUCAGGGAUGGAAAGGAUGGGAAUGUUAAGGCAAAUUACUUUAAUACAUUAUAGAGCUUCUUUUUUUUUUAAACAGUAUGCCUGUAUAUAAGGACAAGAUUUACAGUACCUGCAGCUUACAGGUGUGUUUAAUUUUUAUAGUCUCUGUUACAGUUUGCUUGUUACAGUUUUGUUACCACUUGUGUGUUACGACAACCUGUUGAUUGUGUGUUGCUUCUGUGCUGCUGGUUAGUGCUUGGAAUUUGGGAAAUGGUGCUAGGUACAGUAUGUGCGCUUAUAAACGUAAAUGUAAAAUAAUAUGCUGUAUAAUAUUACAUGUUUUGUUAUUUCUAUAUGUUUGCAGUUUGACAGAUUAUUGUCCUUUAUUAUGAUUUUGUGCUUAUUCCUUAUUCUUACACAGUGGACAAAUGAAAGGCCAAAUAAGAAGCAAAAUACCAAAUUUAUCAUUUAUUAUGAUCUUUAGUACACGCUUUAUCCUAGUUGGGAUCAUAAAAGAUCCACAGGUGCACCCCAAGAAACACAUCCUAGAUGAGAAGACAGUUCACUACGGGAUGCACAAAGGUGUUUUGCAUUUAAGUUGCUAAAAGUGCAUUUGAGGCACUGUGGCCUUUCAACUCCAGGGUCAAGGGUUUGAUUCCUGCCUUGGGUCUGUGGGCAUGGAGUUUGCAUGUUCCCCACAUGCUUGGUGGAGUUCCUCUGGGUACUUCGAGUUCCUCCCAGAAAGACAUACAAAUUAGUUUAAUUGGUAUCCCGGAAAUUUUCCCUAGUGAUGUGUGCCUGUGUUGAAUUGGCACCCUGUCCAGUUUCCUGGGAUAGGCUCCAGGCCCCCGCAACCCUGUACAGGAUAAGUGGCAGACAAGAUGAAUGAAUGAAUGAAUGAAUGAAUGAGACAGUAUGUGACACGAUGUUGACAUCACAACUGAAUGAUAGGCAGAUAAUUCUGAAUAUUUAAGACUGUAAAAUAAAUAAUUAUGGUUUA